CCCCUUUCCUUAAGUUGCAGUGAUAGUAAGUUGCUGUAUUCCAGAGCACAUGCGGAUUUGUCAGUUUUCUCUGCCUCCCGCCCGCUCGACUCCGCAGCUCUGCUGUAUUUGCUGGGAAACCCCUACCUUAUCUGCCGCCACCGUGUUCUUAGGGCACUGAAGAUCUGAAAAGGUUUCUCCAGCACGUCCCGCGGAAAAGAGUCUACCAUUUUUCUGAAGGGAUAUUGACAGAAGUUAAUCGUAAAAGAAAACCUUCUGUGAGACAGAUGACUAAAGGCAACGGAGAAGAUCCAAAAACUGGAAGUAGGAUGGAACGCAUCCAACAAGGAGUCCGGAAACGUACACUUUUGGCAAAAAAAAAAGUGCAGAGCAUAACAAAGGAUGAUGUUAAAAGUUAUUUAUUGAGGAAUGCCUUUGUGCUCUUCACCGUUGUUGCUGUGAUUCUUGGUGUAAUCCUUGGAUUUUCUCUCCGAUCAUAUAAGAUGAGCUAUCGGGAAGUCAAGUACUUUUCAUUUCCAGGAGAAUUACUCAUGAGAAUGCUGCAAAUGCUGGUCCUGCCACUAAUUGUAUCCAGUUUAGUCACAGGAAUUGCUGCCCUGGAUAGUAAAGCAUCAGGAAAGAUGGGAGUCCGAGCAGUAGUCUACUACAUGAGUACCACGAUCAUUGCUGUACUGAUUGGUAUAAUCAUUGUGGUCAUCAUCCACCCUGGGAAAGGUACUAAAGAAAACAUGCACAGAGAAGGCAAAAUUGUGCAAGUGACAGCAGCAGAUGCCUUUCUUGAUUUAAUCAGAAAUAUGUUCCCUCCAAAUCUGGUGGAAGCUUGCUUUAAACAGUUCAAAACUAACUAUGAAAAGAGAAUGUUUAAAGUAAAUAUUCCAUCCAAUGACACAUCCACAGUGGCUUCCAUAAUAAGCAAUGUGUCAGAAGCAAUGGAAACCCUCACCCGAAUGAAAGAGGAAAUAGUUCCUGUUCCAGGUUCUGUAAAUGGAGUGAAUGCCCUUGGCUUGGUGGUUUUCUCAAUAAGCUUUGGCCUGGUGAUUGGAAGCAUGAAGGAGCAAGGUCAGGCAUUAAAAGACUUCUUUGAUAGUCUUAAUGAGGCUAUCAUGAGAUUGGUAGCACUAAUCAUGUGGUAUGCUCCACUUGGAAUCCUCUUCCUGAUUGCUGGAAAAAUUGUUGAGAUGGAAGAUAUGGGUGUGAUCGGUGGCCAGCUUGCCAUGUAUACUGUAACAGUUAUCAUCGGUCUGCUAAUUCAUGCUGUCAUUGUCCUACCUCUUCUCUACUUCCUGAUCACUCGUAAGAACCCUUGGGUAUUUAUUGGAGGCUUAAUCCAGGCAUUAGUCACAGCUUUGGGAACGUCUUCCAGUUCUGCAACAUUACCUGUUACAUUUAAGUGUCUAGAAGAAAUAAAUGGAGUGGACAAACGAGUUACAAGAUUUGUACUCCCAGUUGGUGCUACAAUUAAUAUGGAUGGAACUGCCUUAUAUGAGGCUUUGGCUGCAAUUUUCAUUGCACAGGUUAACAACUUUGAUCUGAACUUUGGGCAGAUUAUCACCAUCAGCAUCACAGCUACAGCUGCCAGUAUUGGGGCUGCAGGCAUUCCUCAAGCUGGACUGGUCACCAUGGUCAUUGUGCUUACAUCAGUGGGUUUGCCUACAGAUGAUAUCACUCUUAUCAUUGCAGUGGACUGGUUCUUGGAUCGUCUCCGUACCACUACCAAUGUCUUGGGAGACUCUAUUGGAGCCGGAAUUGUUGAACAUUUAUCACGGCAUGAGCUGAAGAACAGGGAUGCUGAAAUGGGUAAUUCUGUGAUAGAGGAGAAUGAAAUGAAGAAACCCUACCAACUGAUCUCACAAGAAAAUGAGAGUGAGAAGCCAUUAGAUAGUGAAACCAAGAUGUAGGGCAAAGAAAGCAUGAGUCCAACACUACAAAUGUGGAAAACACACACUUUUUCCAGCCAUUUAUAUCUUGAAUUCACCAAGUUCACUUAUUCCUCGUUUUCUCCCUUUAUGCUAGCACUGGAAAGAAUUAAUGAAAAUCUAUUCCAAAUUAGCAGUGAUCACAGUAUAUGUUGGCUCCCCAUUUAAAAAAAAUUAACAGGCAACAAUACUGGUCCUGCUAGACAUGUGCUAACUGAGGAUAAAAAAGAGACAUUGUCAAUUAAAUAAAAAAAAAAUCAGUGUAUAUAUUACCAGUCCUGUGAAACUUUUUUUUUUUUUUAUGAACUGGAAAGUAAAAACAGAUAACAGAGCCUGAAAAUGAUUUUAUUUUUUUAAAUACCUGUUGCAAAA